UCGUUGGUGCUUGGCAUGUCGUUUUUGGGCUGUAAGUUUUACACUGGUUUUCUCGUUUACACCCGUAUCGGGCCGGUAUCCGAUACAGACCAGAGGCCGUCGUUUUUCCCCCACCUCGCCUCUCGCUCGAGAUCUAGAUCGAGUUGCGCCGCCGGGAGGCGCCGGCGCUGGUGUCCACGAGGAGGUCAAGCGACGGCGUUCGCGACGGCGACGUGGUGAGGCGCAGAAGACGGUGGCCACGACGGGGUUUAGACGCGCCGACGACGGCGACUCGUUCCUGGCCACGACGGUGACGGCGACUCGUUCCUGGCCACGACGGUGACGGCGACUCGCUCCUGGCCGCGACGGCGACGCUGGCCGGCAGUCGUGACCUGACCGUGACGGCGAACCGCUCAUCCUCCUCCGCUCCGCCAAGAACUGUUAAGAGUGAUUUGGAGGAUUCAAGAUUCUGUGAAGCUCUUUUGACAUUUAAAGCUCAGAACUGAAGAUAAUGGAUACGAGUAACCAUGAUGAUGGAUAUGAGUCAUGUACUGAUUCUGAGGAGGAGGAGGAGGAGGAGGAGAUGAUGUUUCUUGUCUUCCCGACAAUAUAUUGUAUAUCUUCUAGGAGGGAAAAGAUUCCAGUGAACACAUCCAUUCUUACGGGAGCUAAGUAUAUCCGAGAAAUAUUGGAUGGCCACCCUCAACGGUGCCUUGAUAUUCUUAGGAUGGAAUCCCAUAUCUUCCAACUUCUAUGUGACCAUCUUAGAUCCAAAAAUCUUCUAAAAAAUUCAAAAGGAGUCAGUGUUGAAGAGCAACUAGGGAUGUUUAUGUACAUGCUAUCCAGGAAUGCGAGUUAUCGUACGUUGACUGAUAGGUUUCAGCACAGUCCUGAAACGGUGCAUAGGCAUAUCAAUGGAUGCUUCAACGCUAUGAGAUCAUUGGCAUUUGACCUUAUCAAGCAUAGUUCGCUAGAUACUCAUUGGAAAAUAUCAACAAAUCCCCAGUUUUGGCCUUUCUUUGAGAACUGCCUAGGGGCAAUAGAUGGGACUCAUGUUCCCAUGACCAUUACAUCCAACGAGGCUGCUCCAUACAGGAAUAGAAAGGGGACCAUCUCCCAAAAUGUGAUGGUCGCCUGCGACUUCGAUCUCAACUUUGUUUAUGUGUCAGCUGGUUGGGAGGGGUCUGCCUCAGAUGCUGGAGUAUUGAAAUCUGCUAUUCAAUCAGGCUUCCAUGUACCUCCGGGCAAGUAUUAUUUGGUUGACGGAGGCUAUGCAAACACACCACAGUUUCUAGCUCUGUACCGUGGAGUUCGUUACCAUCUAAAAGAUUUCGGUAGAGGUGGCCCUCGUCCAAAGAACCCCAAAGAACUCUUCAAUCUAAGGCAUGCCCGUCUACGGAACCAUAUAGAGCGUACAAUUGGUGUAUGGAAAAUGCGAUUUCCUAUUUUAAAAGUUGGCACACAUUACCCAAUUGACACUCAAGUCAAAAUUCCUAUGGCGGCAGCUGUAUUUCACAAUAUAAUCCGGAGUCACAGAGGUGAUGAACAAUGGCUAGAUACGCAACAAAUGCAAAUUGACCCUCUUCUAUUUGUCACUCUUCCUGAUGGAGAUGACAGACCUCGACAUGUUCCUACAUCCUCAAGCAAUCAAAGGGACCUUGGUAAUUCUAUGAGAGAUGAAAUUGCCAACAGGAUGUGGGCGGACUAUCAAAGAAUUCGAAGUGAAAGAUCGUCACGGAGAUCUACUAGCUAAUAAUUUAAGUUUUUAUUCUGUCAAAGUAAUUUAUUGUAAUGAUGUGGAAUUUGAGAUAUAAAGAUGACAUUUGAGUUAUGUUAAUGUUUCAUUUGAGUUAUGUAAGGAUGACAUUUGAGUUAUGUUAUUAGGAUCGAUCCUAUAUAUUAGCAA